CUGCUUCCGAACGCUACCCCCCCCCAAAAAUCAAUUUUGCUCGAAGACCGAACUGCAACGGAGUUUAGUUACCAGUCUUAUGCUGCGUGUUAUUAGAUAGAACGCAUGAUAUGAUUGGCUCCGUAUAUCACAUUACGUCAGAGGACAUGUCUGCCACAUAGGACACAACUGCAAUGGUACAGACAAUCUCGUUCCCAGAGCCUUCGUUACCCUUGUCCAGCGGAACGGGAAACCGAAGACCUCUUCGGUUUUCCGUUCCGCUGGACAAGGGUAACGAAGGCUCUGGGAACGAGAUUGAGGACUGGAAAAUGGAAAAUCCUAUGUCUCGAGAAGUCUCCAGAGCACUUCGGUUCUCGUGCCAAGGCGCCGCCGGCUAAGAGGAGCGAAAAGGGCUAUGGGGACGAGAAUGAGCAGAUUUCAAAAUGGCGCUAGACUUCACUGAAAAUGUUCCCCAUAAGCCAAUUCUAAACUUCUCGAAGGUCUUUAGCUCUCGUGGUCGAUAUUUCGGGAAGGAAGUUAGCGUUGAUUUGUAGACCAAGGACUUGCCAAUCAAGCUCAAGUUAUCUGUCUCCAGAGUCUUUCUAAUUCCUCGUGCCAGAUUCCCCACCGGCAGGUUUCUUGGGUUGUUGAUGUGUUGUGGACUUUCGAUGAAUACCACGCCAAGACCUCUUUAUGAUGAUUCCCAACUACUUUUUAAAGCGAAAUCUUUUUUGGUUCUCCGUCGUUUUCGGGAAGCAGUCCAGGUCUGUUGUGAAGUCCUUGAACUUGCCUUGAAACAGAACGAUGACAUAAAAAACUCAUCACGGGGCAGGGAAUCUUCCAAGGAUUUUGCAGUUAUUGGAAUACAAGCCUAUGCAGAAAGAAAUCAGUGUGGAGAAGCUGUUACAUUUGCUAGUCAGAUUUUUGGAAGCUCUGAAGGGUUUCCUGCUGAGGUGCUGGAAAUAUGUAUUUACAUGCUUCUGAAAGCAUCCAAGUAUGAUGAGGCUGCUGAACUUGCAGAGAAAUGGCUGGAAUGUGAAGAAAACUUCUCCCUGGAACUAAAAUACUGUCAAAUAGCAGGGUGUUAUAUCAAGCAUAUUCUGUUUCCUCAAGGAUUGUUUGAAAACAUUCAACGAUUUCUAAGGAGAAAUCAAGUUCUAACUCCUGAGCAAAGAGAGAUAUUGCUCCAUUUUGCAAGACCUCGUGGCAAAGAGAAGGCGGAGAGCUGUGCUAGCUCAGUUGUCAAUACUUCAAGUAAAGUAACCGUGCCUCCCAGACUACAGCAUGGUGCUGCUCAUGGAGUUAUCUUGAGAGUGAUAGCAGUUUUAAGAAAGCUUCAGAGCUUAUACAGUACUAUCUCCUGCCAACAGAAAACAAAGACUCUUCUUAGAAUAGUUAUCCUAUUCUUUUUCGUUUACUCCUUCCUUACAGCUACUGGCUAUCAAGGUCUAACCAAAAAUUCAGGGAUAUCCAUUCUCUGGCAAGGUGCGUUAAAUGCUUGGAGAGCAUUAUUUAGUCCAUAUCACCUGAUGUGAGGCUAAAUGAGUUGACCAAAUUAAUUCUGCUGUAAAGAGGUCAAAUUCACCAUUGACUCAACUGGAGUUACACCCAUGACUUUCUCAUCACUGGUGCAAUUCUGUUGUAAGUAAACUACCAGGCCACACUUUGGUAGCAGCUCAUAUCUUGUCUCAAAGACAGAAUGACAGUGUAUCAGUAUAUUGAAUUGGAUAAGGAUGCCUAAUGGAAAUGGAAAGUUGGUGGAUAUUCAUUUGUGAUUACUUUAACUAAUGAGCAAAAAAGGCCAAAAAGUUAGGAAAUAGGCUGAACAAUUUACAGAACGUUUCUUAUUUUAGUAGUGCAGAUUGCAUUAUUGCGAGGGUUUUUUUGUGG